AAGGAAAAAAAAACAACUUUUGACAGAUUGCCCUCUGUAGAGGUUAUAGCAAUUUAUGUUCCCAACAGCAAUGUGUGAGAGAAAUUUUUUACCUACAGCCUGUUAACAUAAUGUUAUCAAACUUCUUGAUUAUUGCCAGUCCGAAAGAUACAAUAUUUCAUUUCUCUGCCAUUUUAAUAUUCAUUUCUCUUAUUAUGAGUGUUUGACCACAGCAUAUAUUUUAAAGAGCUAUGUGUAUACCUUUUUUUGUGAAUUACCUGUUUAUACUGUUAACUAUUAGAAAAAAUAAGCACUAUGUCUGUCAUCUGAGUUGCAAGUGGUAUUUUUCCAGUUUCUUGUCUGUCUUUGCUUAUGGAGAUUUUAGCUUUGCAGGUUUUAAAAAAUUUUUAUGCAAUCUGUUUAAAAUCUUUUAUGGUUUCUGGGUUUUGUGCCAUACUUAGAAAGGCCUUCUCUGCUACAAUAUUAUGAGAAACUUUUCUCAUAGUUUCUUCUCCAUUGUGGGUAUUUUUUUUUAACACUUUGAAAUGAUUGCUCCAUCUAGAAUUUAUUUUGAUGUAGGGUGUUUGGUAUGGUUACAAUUUUAUUUUUUUCCAGUUAUCUAUCUAGUUGCCCCAGCAACUUCUGUAGUAAUCCCUUUUUCUUAACUCUCUGAUUAAAAUACCAUCUCUAUUACAUAGCAAAUUUCUGCAUGUAUUUGGGUCCCUUUCUGGCCUUUUUAUUCAUCUUACUGUCUCUGUAUCAGUAUUUUAAUUAUUUGAGCUCUGUAAAAUGUUUUGGUAUUUGGUAGGACUACCCUUCUUCCUUCUAAAUUUUUUUUUUGAUGUUUUCUUUUUUCUUUAUAAACUUUAGAAUUACUUGUUUAGUUUCUACCACCUCAAAAAUCCUAUUUGGUAUUUUUGUUGAGAUUGCUUUAAAUUGUGUAUUAAUUUAGGGAGGAUUGGUACUUUUGUGUUGUUACGUCUUCUUGUCCUUUCUUACUCAUUUAUAACCUGACCUGCUACUUUCUGCUUGUUGUAGGCUCACAGUCUGUUAAACUUUAAUUUUUUUUUUUAUAGCAAAGAAACAAAAAUGAUGGUUUCUUAGGUCCACGAGAGUUUGAAGCUAGUAGAGAAUUUCCUUCAUUCUUUAGAGCCAUUGCACUUCCGCGGAAGGCACCACAGCCUCCUUAUUCUUCACCUCUGGAUUGUGGCAUGUCCUGAAGUCCUUCCUCAGAAGAUGGUGCCACCUGGAGCUGUGCAGGAGUCCUUCAGUCACCAGCUCCUGUCUGUGGACCCCCAGCCUGAACAAGAGCCACAGAAGCCUCAUCUUCUGGAGGAAAAUGCCCUUCCUGCUCUCCAACUUCCUUCCCUUCCCCUGAAGGACAGCCAGGAGCUGACAGCCUCACUUCUCUCAGCUGGGUCGCAGAAGUUGGUGAAAAUUGAAGAUGUGGCUGAUGUGGCUGUAUCCUUCAUCCUGGAGGAAUGGGGACAUUUGGACCAGACCCAGAAGUCCCUCUAUAGGGACGACAGAAAGGAGAAUUAUGGGAGUAUUACUUCUAUGGAUUAUGAGUCCAGGAGUGACAAUAUGGAACUCAUAGUAAAGCAGAUUUCUGAUGAAGCCGAAUCGCACUGGAUGACAUCAGGCGGCACUGAAAGAAAUGUUCCCCAGAGUCAGGAGUUUGGAGAAGUUAGUGACCUUCACGACGUGGUAGAAAGGUGGCAGGUAAACCCCACUGUGGGGAAGUCAAGGCAGAACCCUUCCCAGAAAAGAGAUCUUGGUGCCAUCACAGACAUUAAUCGUAAGCAAAACACAAAUGGCGAAAGAGGCCACAAAUGUAAUGAUUGUGGUAAAUUUUUCCUUCAAGCCUCAAACUUCAUUCAACAUCGGCGAAUCCACACCGGAGAAAAACCAUUUAAGUGUGGUGAAUGCGGGAAAAGCUAUAAUCAGCGUGUGCACCUUACUCAGCAUCAGCGGGUCCAUACUGGUGAGAAACCCUAUAAAUGUCAGGUGUGUGGAAAAGCCUUCCGUGUGAGCUCCCACCUCGUCCAGCAUCAUAGUGUGCACAGCGGAGAGAGACCCUACGGAUGUACCGAAUGCGGGAAAAACUUCAGUCGGCACUCCCAUCUGAUUGAGCACCUGAAGCGCCACUUCCGAGAGAAAUCCCAAAGAUGCAGUGACAAAAGAAGUAAGAAUACGAAAUUGAAUGUUAAGAAGAAAAUUUUAGAAUUUUCAGAAGCAGACAUGGAACUCUCAGGAAAAAUCCAAAGAAAUGUGUCUCAAGGUCAAGAUUUUGGAGAAGGCUGUGAACAGCAAGGCAAGUUGGAUAGAAAGCAGGGAAUGCCCAUGAAAGAGAUACUAGGACAACCUUCUUCAAAGAGGACAAAUUUCGGUGAUGUCACAUAUGUCCACAAAAAAUCUUCUGCAGGAGAGAGACCGCAUAAAUGUAAUGAAUGUGGAAAAAGCUUUAUUCAGAGUGCACAUCUUAUUCAACAUCAACGAAUACACACUGGAGAGAAACCCUUUAGGUGUGAUGAAUGUGGGAAAAGCUACAAUCAACGUGUGCACCUAACUCAGCAUCAGCGAGUCCACACUGGUGAAAAACCCUAUACUUGUCAUUUAUGUGGGAAAGCAUUUAGAGUGAGGUCCCAUCUUGUUCAGCAUCAGAGUGUGCACAGUGGGGAGAGACCCUUUAAGUGUAACGAGUGUGGGAAAGGCUUUGGGAGGCGUUCACACCUGGCCGGGCAUCUGAGACUCCAUUCUAGAGAGAAAUCCCAUCAGUGCCAUGAAUGUGGAGAAAUCUUUUUUCAGUAUGUUAGCCUAAUUGAACAUCAGGUGCUCCACAUGGGUCAGAAAAAUGAAAAAAAUGGCAUUUGUGAGGAAGCAUAUAGUUGGAACUUAACAGUGAUUGAAGAUAAGAAGAUUGAGUUACAAGAGCAGCCUUAUAAGUGUGAUAUAUGUGGCAAAGCCUUUGGUUAUAGUUCAGACCUUAUUCAGCAUUACAGAACUCAUACUGCAGAGAAAACCUAUAAAUGCGAUCUAUGUAGAGAAAAUGUUGGCCAGUGUUCCCACGUAAAACAAUAUCAAAAAACCUAUUCCAACAUGAAAUCCCAUCAAUGUAAUGAAUGUGGCCGAGGCUUCACUCUGAAGUCACAUCUUAAUCAACAUCAGAGAAUCCAUACCGGUGAGAAACCCUUUCAAUGUAAAGAAUGUGGGAUGAGUUUCAGUUGGAGUUGUAGCCUCUUUAAACAUCUGAGAAGUCAUGAGAGGACAGAUCCCAUAAAUACCUUAAGUGUAUAGAUGUUUAUAUUGUAGGAUAUCUCUUACGCAAUUUUAGAGAAACCUUCCUGAAGAGAAACCCUACUCCUGUUAUGAAUGUAAUACCAACUUCAGGCUUUUCUCCACCUUAACCAUCAAACCUACAGAUGUGUUGAAGUCCUUCCAUUAGAACUUAGGAACACUGGAGAAUCCACAAUAGAUAGAUAUCUGUUUGCUUUUCCCAUCAAGAAAUGCUUUCAUUAGCAUCUUCAUGCUUGAGAAUCUAGAUAAAAAGACAACCUACGGAUAUGGAGGAUGAAGGAAAGCCUUCAGAUGGCACUUAUUCUUCCUUUGAAUCUCAGAACAUUAAUACUGGGAAAAGCCUCAUAAAUGCAGUAGAGAUCAACUUGAUUUGGGGUUUCUGCCUUGUUUGAUGGCCUAUCUAUUCAGGGAAGAGCACAGAGAAAGAGAGAACUCUUUGGCAUGAUAUCUGUUUUGGUACCUCAGCAAUGAACAUUUUCUAGAAAUGAUUACCCCAGCCACUAGAAUGUUCCAGUCAUUGUUCCCAUCUUGAGUAUUAAACCCUUUGAAAAGAAAUGGACUUAAGGUAUUUAUGUUUUGGCAAAAUUGGCAUUCAGAGGCUGGAUGGUAUGCGUUCCUGCUGCCUUAUUCAAUCUACAACUUCUCCAGGAAACCGUCUCUGCCUUUUUGUUUCAUUUUGUUUUGAUUCUACUAGCACCAAGGUUAGCUGGUAGAAAGAGGAGUCAAGUUUGUAAAUUCGGGAGAAGCGGUGUUGGUCAGUGGCAUCUUGAGUUGAGGGGAUAGGGGCCUUAGGGGAACAGAGAAGAGAAGACAGGCCAAACUACUGUGGACCCACAAGAAUGAGCGCAGCUACGUCCAGAGAAGGAAUUGGACUAAUUGUGGUCCAAGCAGUGUGAGUUCCAGUUUGCAGUGCCUGGAGAUAGAGCCCCCCCUAGGAUAAUGGCUCAUAGAAUGAAUUUCAGUUUGAGUUGCAGCUGGAUUUGAGGGUAAACAGUAAUUCGGAGCAGGGAAGACAUGGUCUGGUUCGGCCUGGCUUGUGCGAAGGUCUGGGUAGGAUUUGUGGGGGAAAGAAGAUGACAUGGAAAAGAGGGUUAACUUGGUUUGCUAGAGAGAAGGAAAGAGUGCUUUUGGGCUCUGCUGAAGUCCUGCUUCUGUUGACUGCCUGACUUAAAUAAACACCCAAUAAAUACUUGUUGAUUGUG